AUGGUUGAGAUCGUGUCCCACCGGCCCACCUCCAUUGGCUCUGGGCCCCUGGCCGAUCGUCGCGACGUCAAGGUUGACCGCCCACCAAAACCAACAUCUCUCCUUCUCUUUUGCUCUCCUCAAUGGCGCCAUGACACGAUGCCCAUCUGCAUCGAAUGCUCAUACCCGGUCUCGCACCUGUACAGCGCCUACAGUCGUGCCGAUGAUCGAUCCCAAGGCAAAGGCGUCCGACUGACGCAGUGUCCACGCUGCCAGCGAUUCGCCGACAAAUAUGUCGAGUACGACUUUGUCGUGAUCUUUAUCGACCUCGUGCUCAUAAAGCCGCAGGUGUACCGACAUCUUCUGUUCAAUCGGCUUGGGCGCGAUGAUAAUCGAUUCGAUCGAUCAAUCGUUCGUCUCGGAAUUCUCCUCCUCCUCUUCGAUGUCUACUUAACCUGGGCGCGUCUCGAGAAAGACCCCUCCCUCGCAACAACCUUCAUCGCGCGCGCCCCAAUCGUCGUCCAAUACCUCUUCUUCCUAACGCUUAACGCGGCCGCAACGCUGGCGCACCAUCUCACAGUCCGUCUCCUAGCCUCAAUGCUAGUCCCACAAUCCCACCGCUACGGCGCGCAAGAAACAUCCACAACCUCCCAAGCCAGCACAACAGCCACAACGGGCGAUACAACCCCGUUCCCCUCAGGCCCUCCAACACCAACAAUCCGUCCCUCACCAUCCUCCCAAGCAAACCACGCAGCACAGCAAUUGAGUUCACUCGGUCUACCAGCCGCAAAACUCACAUCAACCCCCAUCUUCCUCAACGACACAACCCCCCCUCCAGAUCCCUCAUCCACAGCCCAACCCCAACCAACAAUCCCACAACGUCCCCCUCCCCCACUCCGUCGUACAUCCACAGCCCCAAUCCAAAACAUCCAACCCCUCCCCCCACCAACAGCCGCAAGCCCAACAGCAAUCAGCACCGCACUACUCGUCAGCAGCUGCGCAAAGCUCUUCCCCAUCCUCCUGGUAAUCUGGGGCGCCGACGGCAGCGGAAGUGGCAGCGCGAUAACCAGCCUCACCGGCUCAGAAAGCAGUCCCUUCCGCAAGGUCCUCGGAGCCUCGAAAGCCGCACUGUCCUCGUCAGCGCGCGACGCGGCGUCUUCGCCGUCAUUGUUGGAGUCGUAUCUCGCUGCGGCGGAGGUCUCGUUGCGCCCGUAUCUGCCGACGCAGUAUGUGACGGGGUUAUUUGAUUUGUUGGCGUCGUUGUUGUCGUUGGGUGUUGUUGAUGCGCAUCUGGUGCUGUUGAGUAAUAUCGAGGCGCUUUAUAUCUUGCUGGGCUGCGGGUAUUUGAGGUCUGUGGUUGUUGCGGUUGCGGGGCAGGUUGCUAGGUGGGCGGUUCAGAGGGUUAUAUUGGGGGCUGUUGGAGUUGGAUAA